UUUGCCCCCUGGACUCGAAGUUGAUGAAUGGCAAACCCAUCAGUGCCUUUCAAGCAACCACCGAGAUAACUCAACAGGCUGCUACACCUGGCAGCUUGGGAGGAUGCAUUAGUAGCUGUUCGGAGAGGAUACGGCUGGCCAGCGCGGUUGGACUCCGCUCUACAGUAGCCCACAUCGCCAGCGCUGUUGUCAUACCAUGACCGUCUAAGGCGUGAGGAACACCAUUGAAACGAACAGCUGAAAUGGAUACUAUCGGGGUUUCGUUCUUGGACCCUCUGGACGACUACGAGAUAAUUCAUCGCAUUGGGAGUGGCACAUACGGAGAUGUAUUUAAGGCACGGAACAUCAAAACCUCGGACAUUGCAGCUAUCAAAAUUGUAAAACUAGAUCCUGGUGAUGACAUCACCUCCAUCCAGCAAGAGAUCACCAUGAUGAAGGAGUGCAAGCACAAGAAUAUCGUGGCCUAUUUCGGCAGCUAUCACAGGAACACUAAGUUAUGGAUAUGCAUGGAGUACUGCGGAGGAGGCUCGCUACAGGAUAUCUACCACGUGACGGGACCUUUGAAGGAGAAACAGAUCGCUUAUGUCUGUCGGGAAACAUUACAGGGCCUGUACCAUCUGCAUGAAACCGGCAAAAUGCACAGAGAUAUUAAGGGAGCUAACAUCCUCAUCACGGAUCGAGGGGACGUCAAACUAGCUGACUUUGGUGUUGCCGCGGAGAUCAGCGCUUCGGUUGCCAAGAGGAAGUCUUUCAUUGGAACUCCCUACUGGAUGGCACCCGAGGUGGCAGCGGUGGAGAAGAAGGGCGGCUACAACCACCUGUGCGACAUCUGGGCGGUGGGCAUCACUGCCAUUGAGCUGGCCGAGCUCCAGCCGCCCAUGUUUGACCUCCACCCCAUGAGGGCACUGAUGCUGAUGUCGAAGAGCAGCUUCCAGCCUCCCAAACUCAAAGACAAGACCAAAUGGUCUGCAGGCUUCCAUAGCUUUGUGAAGAUGUCUCUAAUUAAGAACCCCAGGAAGAGGCCUACAGCAGAAACUCUCCUUCAGCAUCGGUUUGUGACUCAGCUGCUGACCAGGAACCUCAUCAUUGAGCUGCUGGACAUGGCCAACAACCCUGACCUCCACAACACACAGAACAUCGACGAGAACGACCUGGAGACUGGAGAUGCUGCUCCUGAUAAGAUCCAGUCAGAAGGCAAACACACGUCAGUCGCCAAGACGCUGUCUGAACAACAAUUUGACCAGGUGAAGUUCGGUUUCCCGCGCAGGAAGGAGAUGGAGCCGUAUCCUGACCUGGGUUCCUAUGACGACUGGAGCAUCUCGGGAGACGAGGCUGAAUCACCGAGCCUGCUGGAAUGUGUGGAGGAGGCCCUUCAGCAGAGGAGUCUGACCAUUAAGAGAGUGUUUUCCUCAGAGUGGGUGAAAGGUGGGUUCAGGCGGAGCGGUCUGUUUAACCCGCCCCCUGCGUCCACCACGGCGUCUCUGCCGGCCACUGGCUGCUACCCGCCCAGCCUGGAGGAGCGAGACCGAGACCGAGACCUCACGCUCAAGGCCAGCGCCACCCUGGGCCACGCUCUGGCCACCGAGGCCCCCCACAGGCCACUCUCAGUCCUGUCCAGGUGCUCGGCUAGUCAGGAUGUCCGGGACUGGAGCAGUGACACCCUUUUGCCUGAAGGGGGCGACACACACAAGGAGGAGGAGGAGGAGGAGGAGGAGAAGGGCUCUGAGCAUGGAACCUCUCCCCCCAAAGACAUGGCCCUCUCCCCAGAAUGGAGCACUCUGAGGCGCAAGAGAGAGGAGUCGAGAGCAGAAUGCCAUGGACUGCCUCCUACACCUCAAGUUCAUAUGGGAGCUUGCUUCUCCAAGGUCUUCAAUGGCUGCCCUCUGAAAAUCAGCUGUGCGGUGACGUGGGUCUUUCCAAAGACCAGAGAUCAGUACCUUAUCCUGGGGGCAGAGGAAGGCGUCUACAUCCUCAACCUCAACGAGCUUCACGAGGACACACUUGAAAAGUUGCUGCCACAAAGGUGCACGUGGUUGUACAUCAUGAACAACGUCCUCAUGACUGUCUCAGGCAAGUCCUGUCAGCUGUACUCGCACUGCCUGAUGGCUCUGUUUGAGCAGCGCUCCACCCUGCAGAAGAAACAAAGCCACCUGUCACUCAGCACCAACCGCUUCACUGAGCGCAUCACUCACAGGAAGUUUGCUGUGUCGGUGAAGAUUGCGGACACCAAGGGCUGCCGGAGGUGCAGCGUAGCGCGUAACCCGUACACCGACAGCACCUUCCUGUGCGGAGCCGUCCCCUCCGGGCUCGUCCUGCUCCUCUGGUAUGACCCCCUGCAGAAGUUCAUGCACCUCAAGCACAUAGCGAUGCCUCUGCCGGAGUCUCUGCCGGUGUUUGAGCUGCUGGUGGUGGUGACGGACGAGUUCCCGCAGCUCUGUGUGGGCGUGAGGGAAUGUUCCGGAGCCGGCGACGAGGCAGCGACCGGGCAGCAGUUGAAGUUUGACAUUGUCCAUCUGAACGGCCUGCCUAACUCCCAGCCAGACACUAAACCCGUCGAGGCUGAGCAGGUGACCCAACUGGACAGAGAGUCCGUUCUUAUCGCUCUGGACAAGACGGUGAGGAUUGUGAACCUGCAGGGUUGCCCAAGCAAAGAGUUCACCUCUGUACUAGACUUCAGCUUCCCUAUACAGACUCUGGUAUGUUUACAAGACAGCAUUCUGGCCUUCUGGAAGCAUGGCCUUCAGGGGAGGAGUCUUCAAACCAAUGAGGUCACGCAGGAGAUUACUGACAAGAGCCGUGUAUUUCAUGUUCUGGGGACAAGCAGGGACAUUGUCCUCCAGAGUAUACCUACAGAGGACCCCUCUGCGGCCAGCAACCUGUACAUACUGGCUGGGCACGAGAACAGCUACUGACCGGGGGAAGAGGAGACCAGAAGCACAAAGGGAAGGAAAGACAAGAUGAAGAGAAGAAGAAAAGUGUCAAGAAGGAAGAGGAGAGAAGUGAUAAAAGUGUAGAAGUAACACAGAGAGAGAAGACUGGAUGGAAGUUAAGGAUGGCCAUGGGUCAGCGCAUGAAGUGUUAGGGGUCACUGCUUAGACCCUAAGCCUCCUCUCUCUCUCUCUCUCUCUCUCUCUCUCUUUCUCUCGCUCUCUUGCUCUCUCUCUCUGUUUCUGUUUAAAACAGAUGAAGACUGAGGAGAGGGAAAGGAUUGAGGCACAACUGACAAGAGAUAAAGCUGAGACCACGAUGCUGGGGAAAUCCUUACUCGCUAAUCCUUCUGCUUGCAUGUGUGUGUGUGUGUGUGUGUGUUUGUGUGUGUGUUUGUGUGUGAGACAGAGAGAGAAAGAGAGAGAGAGUGUGAGACAGAGAGACAGUGUUUUGGUGUUUGAAUGUGAGACUGAGAGAGAAAGAGACUGAAACCUCUAACUCAUUACCUUUGUGUGAAUGUGUGUACAUUACGAGCUCUGACUUUGUAAGCACCCUGUCGUGGCAAAGGGAUAUUUCAUGUUGAACACUGGACAGCCCAGGCACUGCUACCGGGCCCCACUUCCUGGUUUGAUACUAGAGAGAUUUAUUUAUCAUGAUGAUUAUACAUAUUUAUCACAAGAGGACGUUUAACACCACUAGACAGUCGUUUGAUGUCACCAUCUGAAGAUUUGGUUGUGAUUAACAUGGAUUGGUGUUUUAGAACUAAAGAAAUAAAGAAAUAAAUAAAUGUGAAUUAAAAUUCA